AUGCAUGAUCGAAGUGGUGUUUAUCUACAUGAUCGUUUUCUAUUACGACGUGCACCAACACAAAUAGAUCAUCGAUUUAUAUGUCCACCAUGGAGACACACACAAAUUCCUGUUGAACUUUUCGACCUUAUGACUGCACCACCAUUUAUGUCUGUUCGUCUUUAUCGUCUUCAUUAUGAAAUUUUACAAUUUUAUCAAUUUAUGAUUCCAACUGAAGAAGAACAUGCUGUACGAAAACAAGUUAUUGAUCGUAUAACUAACGUAAUCAAUCAAUAUCUACCCACAGCUUCCGUGGAUGUUUAUGGAAGUUAUAAAACCAGAUUGUAUUUACCAAUGAGUGAUAUUGAUUUGAUUGUCCAUUCAAAAGAUGGUCGUCCAUGGAAACCAGAAGAAUUAGAAGCAUUAAUGUUAGUUUUACGUGAAGCGUUUUGUCGUCAUCGUAUUUGUACACAAGAAGGUAUUCAAUUAUUAAAUGGAGCAACAGUACCAAUUAUUAAAUUAACUGAUCAAAAAACUGAUGUGAGAGUUGAUAUGAGUUUUAAUAUGAAUAAUGGUCUUCGAAGUGCUCAACUUAUUGUUCGUUAUAUGGACGAAUAUCCAUAUUUAAAAUAUCUUGUCUAUGUAUUAAAACAGUAUUUACUCCAACUUAAUCUCAAUGAAGUAUGGACUGGUGGCAUUAGUAGUUAUUCACUUAUUCUUAUGUUAGUGUGUUUCUUUCAGUCCUAUUAUAAUAAAGAUCAAUAUUCUGUGGUCUCGCCAUUCUUAUCAUCAUCACUUUCAUCUGGACUAUCUACACCUUCAGCUGCAACAAUGAAAACUACAUCCACAUCAUCUAUAAAAACGAAUAGUACAACUGGUACAACAGAUGAUUUUUCAUCAUCAACAUCUUAUCUAUCAUCAUCUGCAGCUUCAUGUAUAUCAUCAGAUGAUAAUAAUAGUUGUAGUAAUAAUAAUAGUGAUAUUGAUGAUGAUCAUUUUACUAAUAAUAUUAAUAAUAAUAAUCCAACAAAUAAUACAGUUGAACAUGUAAAUCUAGGACAUAUGCUGAUAAGUUUUCUUGAAUUAUAUGGUGUUUAUUUUAAUUAUGCUAAAUUGGGUAUUCGUGUUCAAACACCUAAUCAACCAGAUCGUCCAGCUGGUUUUAUUGAUAAAGAAGAAUUAUUUAAAAAUUUCUGUUGUGGACAUCGUACGAUAAAUAAUUUAUGUAUUGUUGAUCCAUUUAAUGAUAAAAACGAUAUAAGUAAAGCUUCAUGGUUAACACCAAAAAUCAAUUCAGCUUUUCGUGAAGCUUAUGAUAAAUUAUUACAAAGUGUUUCUGAUCAAAAUACAACAUUAAAAAAUGCACCUUCUAUUCUUUCAAAAAUAAUUACUGUUAGUGAAAGUACGUUGAAAUAUCGAAGGAGAUUGCGUACUAUCUAUCGUGAUUAUCAAAAUGAACAACGAACAGUAAAACAUAUUCAAUAUGGUCGAUUAAAUUAUACUCCAAUGGAUAAACCAUUAAUUCAGUAUACGAAUGGAAAUUCUCUGAAAUAUCCAUAUCAUAUUCCUUAUCAACAACAAUUUUUAUCAUCACAUAAUAUAUUUCAUCGACCACAACCCCAACGAACGAAUCAUCAGAGAACUGUUAAUGAUAAUGAUCAUCGAAAUGCUCAAGAAUAA